GUGUCAUUCAAGUUCUUAAUUCGGCUAUAAAAGCGAGAAAAAAUGUUAUUAGUCAUAACCGUGGGAGUGUGUCGGUUUGGUGGAUAACGAUAACGUCAAAAUAAUAACUUUACUAGUGAUCUUUAAUUCCAUGAUUCAGGAAUUAACAUACGUACAUAUAUCGCAUACUAUACACUUACCCAGCAAUAACCUAAUAUAACCUCUAAGAAUUGACAAUUUAAUGUUUUCGCUAUUGAGGGUGAUUCAAUAAUCCUGGAAAAAUGAAGUAUGCAACUUCUCCCUCGACAAGUCGGAGCACAUCACCCUUGUCCUUUAAGUCGGGGUCUCCAUUACCAAUGCCAGUCACUUACAGGCAAGAUUGUAUGGGAGCAGCAACAAAAUGCUACAAAUAUCUGAGGAAAUUAUUAAAAUUUGAGCAAAUGGAUUUCGAAUUUGCUCUUUGGCAAAUGAUAUAUCUGUUUGCAGCUCCCCAAAAAGUUUACAGAAACUUUCAGAGCAGAAAACAAACAAAAUCACAAUUUGCAAGGGAUGACCCUGCAUUUUUGGUAUUACUAAGUUGCUGGUUAUGCAUCUCGUCGAUAGGUUUUGCCAUAGUAUUAGGACUUGGGUUCUUCCAAUUUCUGAAAUUCUUAUUCUACGUAAUUCUUGUUGAUUGCAUUGGAGCAGGGCUAGUUGUAGCCACCUUAUUCUGGUUUGUGAGUAACCGCUACUUAAGAGCAAAUAAUACUCAGGACGUUGAGUGGGGUUAUGCUUUCGACAUUCAUCUCAAUGCAUUUUUCCCACCUCUGACUAUUCUACAUUUUAUUCAACUUUUUUUGUACAAUGGACUUAUAAGCCACGAGGGAUUCUUCUCUCGAUUCGUUGGCAAUACAUUUUGGUUGAUAGCUGUCAGUUACUAUAUUUACAUUACCUUUCUAGGAUAUGCUAGUGUUCAGAUCCUUCAUAAAACGCACUUGAUAUUAGCUCCACUGCCACUGAUGGUUUUGACAUACAUCAUCAGUCUGGCUAUAGGGUUGAACAUCAGUCAUCUUGUCAUGACUUUCUAUCACGAGCGAGUGGUCUGAGGUUCUACAUUCGCCUAAAACUGAGAACAAAACUGAUAAGAAACGUCUGAUUUGCAAAUAAAAUAUCUCUGUAAUAUAUUUUAGGCUUAAUAAAAUAAUUGAUUAUACCUGUUA